GGGGGUGGUUAAUUGAUGAUGUGUACAGCUGGAGUAGUUUAAACUAAUUCUGUAUAAAGGCUUUUGAACAUAUAGCAGUCUAAAACCGGAUCAGUGUGCAGGGGAAUCUUACUUGGUAUUCAAAUAUUUUCGAUAACAAGAUGUCGCGCGUCUGGUUCUUGCUCUGUCUGACAUGCGCAUUCGUAUGCGGUACUCAUGGCCAGUGGCCACUGGGACCUGAUUUCUACUACAGAAUGAGUCAACUCAAGUCUAACAUCAACCGGAAGGUGACGGAGGACGCAAAAAGGCACCAGGUCAAGAUUGACGCCGACAUGGCGCGUGCGCAGAAUGGGUUUCCGUUCGGGGAAGGGCGCGUGUUUACCACGUCGGAUGGCGGGCUGGGAUACGUUUACAAUUGCACGGACGGCUCUAUGACGCUGUACGCGCUGAGUCCCGGAAGCCCUCCACACGGCUACAUGUACCACUCGGGACCCUCCGGAAACUCCUACAGCUCCUGGUGAUGUUCGUCAGUCCUCGGCAGCUCUCGCGCUUUUCUGCAAUUAAUUUCUUUCGAAAAAUCCGAAAAUAGAGUGCUUCUGAGUGUAAAUUGCAUAAUGUAUGUGUAUUGUUGCAUUAAAUUCAACACAGCUGUGAAGUUUUACUUGUAAAAUAUUGUAAUUUAUUUUCUGCAUUAUCUUCCACCGCCUGAAGAGUUAUUAUAAGGCCUUAAGUUAGUGUGCUUAGUUAUUUGAUAAAACGAAUUCAAAUCGAUUUUAUGGACUUAUCUUCGUCAAGAAACAGUUAAAACAAUA